AAAACACCGCACAUUUGAAACUAGAUGGAAUGCGUUUCAGGAUCGGGUGGUUGCUUCAUCGGCUUCGCAACUUCCUGGGGUAAAAGUCACCCACCGGAGAAUGUUCUUGAUAAAAGGGAAGGUUCAUUCUGGAUUACCACUGGUCUGUUUCCACAGGUGUUGGUCAUAUCAUUUGAUCAACCAAGGAGAGUCAGCCAAAUCAAGAUUGUUACUAGCAAGGUCAAAGCUCUCUGCGUAUGUAUUUAGUAUAAUAUUUAUUUCAGUUAAUCAGCUUUGAUUCGGACGACCACUUUGAUCUUUUGGCAGUUAAGAGCUUAGACAUGAGGUUUAUUUUGGAUAUUAUCAUCUUUACUGUACAUGGAUGUCAAUCUCAGGUGCUAUCGUUUACUGUCACUGAAUUCAUAAUUACUGAUGUAAUCCCAUCAUCAGCUAUGUCUUCAAGACCAGGGAAGCGUGUUUUCAGUUAGGGUUAUUCGUGCAAAUACAAUCAUCUCGUGUGGCUGAACUAUCUUUUAGCAAAGAAAAAUCAAUUUUCAAACUAAAUUUUCGUAGGUAAUGUUGUGGUACUGAUAAAAAAUGGAGAUAUGUUUGUAAGAGUGUCAUUUCCAAACCUAAGUAAAACUAUAAUAAGGUUAUGUGCUGACGACGAUUGACGAAUAUAGAUGUAAGGCAAUUUUUACCGCUUGCUUAUAAAUAAACUGGUUUUUAAGUCAUAUAAAUUUGAGAUUUUAGUGGGUUAAUGAGUUAGUCCAAUAUACAUAACCGCAAUAGAACCUUUUUAAUUAAACGUAUAAGAGUACAUCGCUUCUUUAUUAGUUGCUUACCGUUACCAUUACUUUUUUUGAAUUACUACAAAGUGUAUUCCUGCUGUUUUAAAGCUUAACUCAAAGGCAAUACAAACUCAGAACUUAACAUCUAUGUGAGAAUCCAUCACCAUAUAUCAAGUAUUGUGGAGGAACUGAAACCUAGUCAAUAAAUGUACUGUUUUUCAUUAAUUAUGGAUUGCUGGUUUAUUUCUUGAGACUGAAUGGUUAUGAUAUGUCUCGUUUUACAAUUAAAUUAAUAAGCGUGUUGUGGUACACUCUACCUCGACAAUUCACAAAUAUCACGGGUAGUAUCAGCCAAUAUAUACCAAGUUGACAUUUGUGUUUGAUCUUAGAUUUCUUAUAGUUAGAAUGACGUGAAGUUCGUUGUCUGACAUUUUCUUAUGAUUUCUAUCCUGAGCCCCAAGGUUUAAAUAUAUUUUUCGUAGUCUUACUAUCACACAUAUCCUUAAGAUUAUUACUUUGUUGGUGGUUUUAUUGUUUUUGUCUUUUUUUUAUAUCUAGAUAUACUCAUAUUACUCAAUUUCUGACUAUUCAGCACCUACUUUAGAAACGUGUAUUUGUACCAUAGUUAACUAACCCCUACUGAUCAGAUUGAAGGGUAUUUGUCUAUAAGAUCACCUAUUGUGCUUCAUAUUGUUGCCUGAUAGCAAGUAGAUCUGCAGAAUCUGGGCUCAAUAAAUAUUUGAAGGGUAAAUUCAUCUGGUUUUUUAAGGAAUAAGAUUUGUUAAGGACAAUUUACUAUAUUCGUUAGCAAGCACAUUAGUUACGCUAAGUUAAUUAAGGAGAUUUUUAUGUAUAUAGAGUCCAUUUUUUCACGUGAAAGCGAGUGAAUUUACAGAACAUAGUGACUAUUCAGAUAUGAUUAGCAUCUAAAAUGUUCAUACUACUUAGUAUUGUCAAAUAGAUCGAGUUUCUGACUAAAUUAUUGGUGAUUCUCUUCUGUUCUUCCUUUGCUUCUGGUAACAUUUGUGUAAACUUUCUCUUGAACCCUUUUAGUAUCUCGAUACUGUAAGCUAUGUAGGAUUUGAUAAUUUUACCAAAGGUUGUAGGGUAAAGUUUCUCGAAAAUAUAGAGCAGCAAAUGUUCAAAUGUGAAUUGUACUUAAAAAUGGUAUCUCCUGCCUUUUUAAUGGAGAAAUUCUAACAAAGCUUAGUAUAUGAAGUUCUAUAAAUGCUUUGUAAUAAACUGUGUUAAAGUAUGGAGAUAAACAAUAUAAGCAUAAAUUUUUCAGUCUCUCUGAAUACUAAGUUUACAUCUAUGCGGUACGCACCUUUUUAAAACAACUCUCUGAUGAUAACUAUCGGUGUUUGGUUCGGUGUUUUUGCAUAGUUAGCGGAAAAAAUAACUUGACAUGUCCAUAGAUGCACAGUCUAUCCACCAAUUGAAGUGUUUACUGCGCAGCAGCUCGUUCUUCCCUAAUUUAUGUCAGUGAAACAUGGCCAGCAAGAGUAGAGGAUAUUCGUAGGUUACUAGUAUUUGACCAUAGGUGUCUUCGAAACAUCGCUCGUAUAUCCUGGGACCACCGAGUAAGUAAUGCAGUUGUUAGGAAACGGGUACUAGGUAAGGAUGGCAAAUCAAUUGAGGAUGUAGUGAAACUUCAUCAGUUGAGAUGGCUGGGACAUGUGUUGCGCAUGCCCGACCCCCGACGUGCUAUGUUUUCUGGUGUAGGAGUAGGUUGGAAGAAAGCUUGGGGCGGCCAGACCAAAACAUAGUACGAAUCCAUGAAGUCACUGACAAGUGGAUUUGAGCCAUGUUGGUAGGUGUAGACUACCUGGUUGGGGACCGCGAGAUGAUAGCAACCGAUGGUUAGAGACCCUGAAUGACAUGGCUCAAAAUCGUUUGCAAUGGCGCAGGUGCAUCCACUCUUUGUGUUCUCCCAAAUUCUUAUCUUCUGAGUUCUUCAUAUCCCUUCUUUUUUCCUCUUCCUAAAUUUAUUUCACUGGAUUACACUCCUUAAAUAACAUCUUCAAACCCUAAUAUUUUCGAUUACUGCUUAUACUUUCACUACCUCUACCACUACGGGAUUUGAAUCGACAAUUGUAUCUGUGUGCUAAUGUGGUAUGGCAACUCGAACUGAUGUACGUACGUACGAAGUUCCACGUUGUUACUGACUGACUGAGUCUACUAUAAUAUCAUGAUAGCUCAGUACAGAUCCUUUUUAUAUAAGUGUAUAUCCCAUUAAUCUUUUGCUGAUAACCGUUGUUGUAUUGCAAACCUUUAAUGGAUGACAUCAGUGCUUAUUUCCACCAGUUCUAAUGCUUAUCAAAGUGCAGUUAGAUUUCUCAUAUCAAAGUUGCUCAAAAUCGUUUUGGAAAUUCCACAGAUCAGUCGAAAAUUAGUUGUAUAAAUUUUUAAUCUUCAGAUUUACAUGUAGGUAUUUAGUGGUAAGUCUUUCACAUCACAUCGCCUUAUAAAUUUAUUAGCUUUCUUCAUUUCUUUUAGAGUCUUGAAAAAAUAUGAAUUUAGACUUAGCUCAUAUGUUUCAUCACUUGAGUAAAUUAUCUAAGUAAACAUUAUUCUUACACGUUGUCCAAUUCCUAAUUUCUUCUUUUACGAAUGGAUGGUAAAUUAUUUAUGUAUCUAGCCCUUCGACAAGACAUUAGUAAAUUUCUAAAAAGACGUUUUAUGCAUCAUUUUUAGCUGUCACAUUUUCAAGUAACAUGAACAACCAAAUGUAUCACUAAAGAAUAUAAAGGAAAUUCAGCAAAGUAAAAUUUCUGAUCGAUAAUAUUAUUUACUAAACCUGAACAAUCGUAUUGAUUGUGAUUUUAUAAAUAGCUGAGUCUACGGAAUCCUUAACCGAAAUUACAUCAUGGAAUAUGUGCAGACUUCAAGUGUUAAAGCACAGCUGUGUAGUGAUCUAAACAUAACAAAGAAAAGAAAAGUUAAAAACAAUGUUCUGAAAACAUUACCCAGGGUGUAGUGAACGAGAACUCGGAUAGGAGAAAACCAAUUUAAUGUUCAAUAAAGAAUCAAAGUGGUUUAGUGAAAUGUGAACAUUAUACAUCAAAUACACCGUUUGCACAUCUUUGAAUAGUCGCUUGCAAGCCUCAUUGUUCCUUCAUUAAUGUUGUGGUCUUGGCUGAUUUCUGUUUCUUUCUCUCUUUUCAUUUCAAUCUUCCCAAACUUCUGCUCACAAGCAUUCCAUUUCCGACUGGUGUUACACACUACUUAUAUCUACAGAUAUAAGUAGUAUAUAUCACGAGAGUAACGUAUAUAAGGCGAGUUCAAAAUAAUCAACAGCCCAAGAAAAAAGCGCAUUACUAACCCCUAGCACGUUAUUCCACCAAAAUAAUCGUUCAAAAUUAUCUAUUUAGUUAAACGAGUGUGAUCAAAAGGAGAUCACACCAAAAAGUUUCGCACUGCUGAGGAUUUAGAAAUUCGCCCAUUCAUGUUCACACUCUGAGUGCAAAACAACGCGUAUAAUCUCGUAUCCUCCCGUGGCUAUAACAUCCCAUCUAAUACGUUUUAGUUUCGUGUUUUACGAUUGCGUUUUACUUCGAUAAUUAGUAACCAGUUGUUACCCCAAAACAAUUUUUUCUAAUUAUUAUCCAACUGUUAUUAUCACCUUUAAAAGUUUUAUUUCUUCUUUAUAUCCAUCAAGUGGACAAUUAUCCCACUUAUUUUUGGCCCAUAAACUGUUUCCACUUUUCUUUUCUUCGUUAACCGCUGGAUCAUUACGCAACCGUCUUCUAAUACUUGAAAUCUCCAAAUAUAAUUUCUUUUUACAAUUUUGUAGACUCAUUUUAUUUAUUAAAUCAUAAUAAAUGCGACCACAAAGAUUUUUUAAAUAAUAUCCUUUUCUGAUUUCCUUUAUUAUUAGUUCAUUGAACUUCACCACUCUUUUCUAUUUUGUCCAAAAACAAUUAUGUUUAUCAAUAACUGUUAUUUUGGAGAUUACGUCAGGUAUCUAACUUUAAGAGUGGCUUGGAUCAACAAUCAAUGACAUACCAAUAACAUGUAGUCAGUAGAAUAGUGCAUUAAUCACACUAACUAUACCCCAAUUUUUCUGGAAAUUUAGCAUCAUCAAAUAAAUCACUUUGAAGCAUAAGGAUUCGGAUCGUAGUAUAUUCAAGAAACAAUUUGCCUAGCUUUUUUCUCAUCUACUGUUUUGUACUUUUAGACAUAUAUUGAUGAUUAUAUGUGGAGAUUAUAUUUGAAAUUUAAAUAAUUCCAACGUUUCCUCCAGGGUAUUACUAUGAAGAAGUCCAGAUAAGUUUACUGAACGAGACGUUGGAAUUAUUUAAAUUUCGAUCGCUUAGAUUAUUUCAAACAUAAUUUUCACAUAUAAUGACUUCUCCAUACUCGGCGCCCAAUUUUUGUCAAACUAUUCGUUCUAACAUUGACGAAUAUUCGCAUAUAUUGAUGGUUGAUUAUCUAUUAAUCAGUCUUCUUUAAAAGUUGAAAGUAGUUCACAAACAGAACCAGACAAUUUUAAAUUGAAGUUCGAAAAAACUUUACCUCAUUCAGAUGGACAACUACAAAUUACAGAACUACCAAUCAACGAUACUCAUUUACAUCAUGUUCGAUUAAAAAUACUUUCUGGUUACAAUCACUUUGUUGCCGUUUAUAGAGUGUUAUUUGAUGGAAAAUAAUAUAGAGAAAACAUCUAUCUCUCUCCCUCUCUCUCUUUGUAUGGUUGAUGUUUGUUUGUUGAAUAUUCAGUUUUAUAAUUCAUGAAUUCAACCAUCAUCAUCAACAUCAAUUAUUUUAUUACAUGUAUAAAAUCGGAAUGCACCUCUUUUUAAAUUGACUUGUAGCAUCUUUUUCAUUAGGAUCAAUCGUUAAAAUUCAAUAAAUAUAGAACAACAAUAAGCCGUGUAAAAUUUACAUUAAAGUUCGUGUAAAUUGAAUGGUUUUCUUUUACAUUUAGUCAGUAUAAUAUGAUUCUGAAUUUCGGAUUGAAAUAACAUUGAGUUCGAUAUUGAUUAUGAUAUAUCUGUAAUCUCAUCAAAAAUUUAAUGUAUAUGUGUACACUUCAUUUGCACGUGUAUCCG